CUGAGACCACUACUGGCACGAACGAAGUGACGACGGAGACCGAGAUUACGGAGACCGACACUACGGGAACUGAGGUUAUGUUGACGGAGAUUUCAACAGCUGAGACCACUACUGGCACGAACGAAGUGACGACGGAGACCGAGAUUACGGAGACCGACACUACGGGAACUGAGGUUAUGUUGACGGAGAUUUCAACAGGUGAGUGUGUUAGUUGAUUGUGUGUAUGCAAUGUACUCAGUGUUGUUUGUGUGAGAUGUGUUUGAGUUAGUUGUGCACAGAACUGAUACUACUGGUGAUUUGGUGGAUUGCGUGU